UGUCAUGUGACUCGUUAGUGUUACAAGGUCAUGUGUGAAUGGGGGGGGGCAGGUGUGUUAAAUUUAGUGUUCUUGCUCUCACUCAUACUGGUCACUGGAAGUUCAACAUGGCACCUCAUGGCAAAGAACUCUCUGAGGAUCUGAAAAAAAGAUUUGUUGCUCUACAUAAAGAUGACCUAGACUACAGGAAGAUUGCUAAGACCCUGAAAAUGAGCAGCAGCACGGUGGCCAAGACCAUACAGCGGUUUAACAGGACAGGUUCCACUCAGAACAGGGCUCGCCAUGGUCGACCAAAGAAAUUGAGUGCACAUGCUAAGCAUCAUAUCCAGAGGUUUUUCUUUGGAAAAUAGACGUAUGAGUGCUGCCAGCAUUGCUGCAGAGGUUGAAGGCCUGUCAGUGCUGAGACCAUAUGUCGCACUCUGUAUCAAACUGAUCUGCAUGGCUGUCGUCCCAGAAGGAAGCCUCUUCUAAAGAUAA